AUGUCUUCAUCAUCAUUACCACAAAGAGAAUCAUUUUCCUCUUCUUCCGACAAGAACACCAAGACUACUUUGGUUGAAUCUGCACGAGGAGGUAGUGAAAAUUUUUCAUCAAGUGAAAGUAGUCGUAGUAUUAGUAAUACGGAUCGAUACUAUGAUAAUAAAAGAUAUGGCAUCGGAGGUGAAGGAGGAUAUAGAGGGAGAUCCGAUCGGUACAAUGACCAUGAUGACGAUAGAAGAAAUUAUAAAGAUAGAAAUUAUAAAGAUAGAAAAUAUAAAGAUAGAAAAUAUGAUGACAGAAAUUAUUGUGGAAGAAGGGACUAUGAUGAUCGUGAGAACAGUUAUUCGGGAGGAAAGAGAUUUGACAAAUAUGAUCGAUAUGCGGAUGAUGAUAGAAAAAAUUAUUCCGAUGAUGAUCAACGAGAAGAUCGCUCCUCUUCUAGGUUCCGACACACACAGACAAAUAUUCGUGAUGAUUUAAAACGAAAUGAACAUCAAGAAGACAACCAUAGAAACAGCAAUUCCACAUCAGCAGAGAAUGAGAAAAUCGAUCUUGUAGAUGCAAAAAUGUCACCGGAAAUACAACAAGAGACUGAUGGAGAACAAGUCUCCUCUGAAAAAACAAUCUCCGAACUCAAUCGUUCAUUGAAACGAAAAAUGGAAGAACAUCAACAAAAACGAAAAAAGAUGGAUCAACAAGAUAAAUAUAAUAUCGUCACUGAUAAGGGAGAUGAAUUUAUAGGAUUAAUGCAAGACGAUGAACUCGAGAGUAGGAUGGAGGACGAAGAAAAAGAAAAUUCCAUCCAACAAGUCGCAGAACAGCUUUGGACUGAUGAGAAGGAUUUCAUUCUCAAGCCAAAAACUAUUGACGAAUUAAUCGAACUUAACAAAGUUCACGUGCUACGAAAAGAACAGUAUGAAAAGAAGCUAGAAAAGUUAGAGAAGAGAAAGAAGAAGAGUAAAAAUGGAAAGAAACGAAAGCACAAGGACGAAGAAGAGACAGUCACAACAACAAAUCAAGAAGAAGAUGUUGGUCCAAAACUGUUACCCGAUAUGACUCAAGAAAAGGACACUAGAUAUGAAGUUCCUUUGCUGCCUGGAGAAGGUGCUGCUAUCGCAGAAUUCAUUCAACAAAAUAAGCGUAUUCCUAGAAGAGGAGAAGUUGGUUUGACGAGCGAGCAAAUUACGGAUUAUGAGAAUUUAGGAUAUGUCAUGUCUGGUAGUAGACAUGCAAGAAUGAAUGCCAUCCGUAUCAUGAAGGAAAAUGAAGUUUACAUGCAAGAAGAAAAGAAACGUCUCGCUCUCUUGAGCAAGCAAGAAAGAAGCCAAAGAGAAAACAAGAUUAUUUCACAAUUCAGAGAAAUUGCAAAGAGGGAAUAG